AUGGGGACGAAACAACCAUAUAUCCCGCCUCUAAUUGGGUGGCUAUAUGAUUUGGUCUUAUGGUCAUUCUCGGUGCUAAUUGACCUGUUCUUCCGGGAAGUUCAUCCUCGCGGUUCUUGGAAGAUCCCUCGGAGGGGUCCGUUGAUCCUCGUUGCAGCGCCUCAUGCGAAUCAGUUUGUCGAUUCGUUGAUCCUGAUGCGAGUGUUGCGUAACGAAGCCCACCGUCGCAUUUCAUGGCUCAUUGCAGAGAAAUCCUUCAAGCGCAAAUUCAUCGGGUUGUUGGCUAGGGGAAUAGGAACUGUCCCGGUUGCUCGAGCGAUGGAUAAUGUGAAACCUGGUGUUGGAACUAUAUAUUUGCCUGAUCCUGUUAAUCAGCCGACUCUUUUGCGAGGGGUGGGGACCAACUUUGAAGGGCCUGAGUUUGAAAAGGAAGGCACAAUCUCUCUUCCUACCAUCAAUGGUAUUUCGCACAGUGCUACCAUCGCUGAAAUCCGCGGUCCAGAAGAAUUGAUAAUCAAGAAACCGUUCAAAGCCAAGGACGCACUUUUCCAGCUCACGGGACGCCAUGAUAUCGCUGAUGAUGGAACAUUCACCGGGGACGGCUCCGCCAAAGACCCCGACUUUCAAGGAUCCAAGUUCAAAGUAGCACCUCACGUCGAUCAGACAGCCGUCUACCAAGCAGUAUUCGGCAGACUCAACGCAGGUGGCUGUGUGGGUAUCUUUCCAGAAGGUGGCAGCCAUGACAGGCCAAACCUACUUCCAUUGAAAGCUGGUGUGGCAUUGAUGGCGCUAGGUACUCUGGCGGACAAUCCGGACUGUGGCUUGAAGAUCGUUCCAUGCGGAAUGAACUAUUUCCACGCUCAUAAAUUCCGUUCAAGGGCCGUGAUUGAGUUUGGUAACCCUAUAGAGGUACCAAGGGAGGUGGUAGAUCAGUUCAAACGAGGUGAAAGAAGAGAAGCCGUCGGCGCACUGCUCGACACCAUUUAUCAGGGUCUUGUAUCUGUAACCGUAACUAGUCCUGAUUAUGAGACUUUGAUGGUAAUUCAAGCCGCUCGUCGCCUGUAUAACACCAAGGGAAAAAACCUCCCGCUUCCCAUGGUGGUCGAGCUCAACCGCCGCCUUGUUAAAGGUUAUACCCACUUUAAGGAUGACCCUCGUGUGAUUCAUCUCAGAAAGGGCGUUGCCGACUACAACAAGCAACUCCGUCUUCUAGGGAUCCGUGAUCAUCAGGUCGAGUAUGCGAAGUUCUCGUGGAUUCAGGUCAUUGCCACCUUGAUUUAUCGUCUGGGCAAAUUAGCUCUCUUGACCAUCGGGACACUGCCUGGCUUGAUUCUUUUUGCACCUGUUUUCAUUGCAACGAAAUACAUCUCCAAGAAGAAGUCGCAAGAAGCACUGGCCGCAUCUACCGUGAAACUUCAAGGACGUGAUGUCAUGGCAACCUGGAAGCUACUCGUCGCCCUUGCUUUCGCCCCCGCAGUGUAUGCAUUCUACACUGCAGCCUUUACCUGGUGGGCGUACCACAACCGUAUCCAGGGGCUUGUUCCUGACUGGAUGCCUUUGUGGUUGAUCGUGCCUAUCGGGAUGAUCCUAUUCCCAACCAUUACUUUCGCGGCGCUUCGCAUCGGCGAGGUGGGCAUGGAUAUCGUGAAAUCUCUGAGACCAUUGGUGCUAUCUUUGAAUCCUUCCUCAGCCAAUACUCUUGUGAAGGUGCGCGAAAGACGCGCGGCACUCGCUCAACAAGUCACUGAAGUCAUAAAUACUCUGGGCCCAGAGUUAUUCCCAGACUUUGAUGCCGCAAGGAUCGUCACGGAUCCCUUCCGUGAAGAUCACCGACCAGCCGGAAAGAGAGAGGUUGAUCAUGCAGCCGUGCCUGAAAUCAGAAGAACUAGCGCAACAGAUACGGAGGUGGAAUCUCCAACACAAGAGCCUCUUCCUCGCAAUGAGUCAUUCCACAACCUUUCCAACAUUGGCUUUUUCUCUACGAGACCUUCGAGCCGCUCUCGAAGCCGUAGUGGCUCGUUUGGGGGUCGACCUGGCUCCUCAGGACAACAGUUGAAGCCAUUGAGCCAGGUGACAACGAAAGACGGGUUUGAAGAAGUCAGCUCGAAGAUUCGCGACGCUAUGCGCGAACGGGGCGAACGCAGGCGCCGGAGAAGCGAGGAUGGAAGCUGGGACAUGGCCAGCUCUGGACCAGGCACGCCUUCAAGUGAAGGAAGCCGGAAAGAUUUAUAA